AUGGCAGCAGCAUCCCGGCCGACCAGCAGGCCAAGAACCCGGACGGCGUCGACGAGCGCCCUGGAGACGGCGCGAGGCACGCACGCCUUCAAGAUCGCCGGCUACAGCCUCCACCGUGGCCUCGGCGUCGGCAAGUUCGUCCGCUCCGCCACCUUCGCCGUCGGCGGCCACGACUGGUCCAUCUGCUUCUACCCCGACGGGUGGGACUCGUCAGAGGAUCACGCGGACUGGGUGGCGGUCUUCCUCGAGCUCAUGAGCACCAAGGACGCCAAAGCCGUGGUGCGGGCGAGCUUCGACUUCAGGCUGGUCGAUCAGGCCACCGGGCGCUCCACGGUUCUCGUCAACCAGGUGACGCCCUUGUCGUUCACCUCCAAAGCCGCCGCCGUCGGCGCGCCCUGUAUCCAGAAGAGGAAGAACCUGGAGGCGUCGACGUUCCUGCGCGACGAUUGCCUCGUGAUCGAGUGCGAUCUCACCGUCAUCGUCAACGAACCACGGGUCGUGGAGGAAGAGGCCGCCGCCGUUAGCCGCCCUCAGGUGCCGCCGCCGGACCUGUCGGAGAACCUUGGCAGACUGCUGGAGGAGAAGCGAGGAUCGGACGUGGCCUUCAAGGUUGGAGACGAGGUGUUCCCCGUCCACAAGAUCAUACUCGCGGCGCGGUCGCCGGUCUUCAACGCGGAGCUCUUCGGGCCGAUGGCGGCGGCGGCGGAGAAGGACACGGCUGCCGGCGGGCAGCUAUGCAUAGCCGUCGAGGAGAUGCACCCUGAUGUGUUCAGGGCGUUGCUCCACUUCGUGUACACGGACACGAUGCCUGACAUGGGAGAGUUUGACGACGCCGAUGACGACAGCAAGGAAAUGACUAAGCAUUUGCUUGUGGCUGCGGACAGGUACGCCAUGGAGAGGUUGAAGCUGAUGUGCGAGGACGUCCUCUGCCAGAGCCUCCACGUCGAUAACGUGGCUGCCAUGCUGGCUUUGGCCGAUCAGCACCAAUGCAGGGCUCUCGGAGACGCUUGCGCUGAGUUCAUCGCCUCGUCGAACGGGAUAGGUAACGUGGUGGCAAGCCAGGGGUACGCGCACCUCAAAAGAGUAUGCCCGGCUGUGCUGGUAGAUAUGCUGGAGAGAGUUGCCAAGUGCUUGCAAAGCUACAUGAGGUGA